AGUCUUCGGUUCGGUUUUGGUAAUAAUAUGAGAUAAUAUGAAACAUAAUGAACUUUCAUUUACAUAUCAAUCUCUCCUUUCUAUUUUUUGUGAUAAUUUUAUUUGACUUUGUAAAAGCAAUUUGUUACGAACAUCCUGAUCCGUUUAAUUAUUUUCACGUAGAACGAAUACCAUGUUCAUAUACUAACAAUUCAUCACAACAAGACCCUCAAACCUCUCAAAAAGCUCCUAUAAAUUAUGAUGAAAAUAUGUUUAAUAUAACAUUUCAUUGCGAUAAUAAGGAUUUGGUACUUUGUGAUAAAGCCAAAAAAACAUUUGAAAUAGCUGGACAAAUAAUAUCAGAGACAUUAAUUCUUAAUACAAAAAUAAAUGUGAAUGCAACAUUCAUAGAUUUAUGUGAAACGGAUAAAGAACGAUGUAAAAAUACGCCAUUUCGUAGAAUAAUGGGAGCAGCGGGACCUGCAAGAUCAAUAAUAUUAAGGGAUGAUGAUGGAGUUGAUCGAUUAUAUCCACAAUCAUUAGUUAAACAAUUUCGUUUCAAACAACAUCCUGAAUAUGGAGAGUUUGAUAUUAGAGCCAGAUUUAAUUCCAAAAUAGAUUAUUGGUUUAUUGAAGAUAAUUCAACGAUUGGAAAAAAUCAAAUUGAUUUUCUUUACGUAGUUCUUCAUGAAUUUAUUCAUGGAUUAGGAUUUCUUUCAGCCUGGAAUGAUAAAAUUCAUAAAGCUUUAACACCAAAAAUUUUAUCAAAUAAUUUAAUAAUUAAAAAUGAUAAUAAUUCUAUUGAAAAUCUUUAUAUAUUUAAUGGAUUUAUUGAAAAAGUUUUUGAUAAAUACAUAUAUUUUAAAUCUACUAAUGAGAGACUGUCAGAUGUAAUCACUCCUCAAUUACAAAAAUUUUCUCCCAAAAAAACCUUUUCAAUUUAUGAAGAAAUAUAUAAUUAUUUUAAAGAAUCUUCAGAAUAUUAUGUGGCUCAAUAUUUGUAUAAAUUGGCUUGUAAACCGAGUACUCUUAUAUUUAAAUCACAUGAUAAAAAAAAUAUUACGUUAGAAACAAGUUUGAAUCCUUUUUCAAGAUCAAGUUUAAAUCAUUUACAAUUUUCUACAUACACGAGAACCAAAGAUUUUUUAAUGAGACCUGGUGUUGUUGCUGGAAGGUCGAUACAAUAUCAACUUGAUAAAAGUGGAGAUUAUUCUGGUGGUCCAAUCGGUCCUCAAUUAAAAUUAAUCUUGGAAACUUUAGGUUAUGCUACGAGAGAUCAUCCACUUCCAUAUAAACCUUCUCCAAUAUAUUCGAUAAACGUGUGAUGCCAUACAAGAGGGAUCAUCGAGACGCAUAAUUGAUCGUUAUAAUUAUGUUAAUUGAUCACAAGAAUGCUCUGUAGAUUAAUUGGUGUAAUUCUGAAGAUUUCACAAAGGUAACAUAGACCAUGAAAUGCAUAGCAAACACGAAUCAAGCUCGACUUCUUUUACAAAUAGAAGGAAGUUUAAUUGAAUCGUUACUAACAUUAUUAUUAUUUAAUAUUUUAUUGGUCUAACUGUCUGACAUUCCUUUUCUUCUUCAUCCUCUCUUUUUUUCAUUCUUUUCACUCCUUUUAUUCAAUUCUUCAAUUUAUCCAUACUUUCAUUAUCUUCGACAUU